AUGGACCACCUUCCGCUUGAUGAUAGAGUUACGAUCCUGUUAGGCCACUUACCGGUUCGUGAGAAGAAGAAGGAAGAUCGGUUUAGAAGUUGCAAACGAGGAAGAGACUCUAACGGAGCCAGAGGAAUGGGGAAGAUCGACGAUCUAACGGAAGAAUUUCACGGCGAAGUGGCAGAUCUGAGAAAUCAAGUGAAGGAGCAUCACACGGAGCUCACCGGACGAAUGGAUUCAAUGGAUAACAAAUUUUCCGAGCUCAAUGCGAACAUGUCACGGAUAUCGGAGACACUAGCUCAGCUCGUGGCGCAACGAUAA